AUGAAAAGCCACACGCUAGGAAAGACCCACGAGUGCUCCGUGUGUCACAAGAGCCUAUCCUCCAAGAACGCCUUGGCCCACCACAGCAGACGCCACACGGGAGGACAUGCCUUUGAGUGCGCUAUCUGCAAGAAAGGCGUGGCCAAAAAGAGCCUCUUGUCGUACCACAUGCGAAGCCACACCGGAGAAAAGCCGUUUGCGUGCGGGCUCUGCAACAGGCGGUUUUCGUUGAGGGGCAACUUGACCGCUCAUAUCCGCAUGCAUACGCGAGAGAAGACGUACCAAUGCCCGGUCUGCCAAGAGAGGCUUCCCUCGAGAAACGCGUUGAGGCUCCAUAAACAGAGCCAUCUCACCGCAGCAUCGCACGAAUGCUCCAUCUGCCGCAAAACGCUAUCUUCGAACGCCCAUUUGCUUGACCAUUUGCGAACGCAUUCUGGCGACAGGCCUUUCAAAUGCCCGGUAUGCUCUAAGGCAUUUCCUUCCUCGGGGAACUUGGCUCGGCACACGAAAACACACAAGAGGCAGGACGGACACAUGGGUCCUUGA